GAAAAGAAAUUCUCAAUUAGCAAAAACAAUGUAGUCAUCGCUGUGCCACCUGAUGAAGAAGAAAUAGAAGAUCGAUAUCCAGCCACAAUAUCGUUUCCGGAUAGUAAACACGCCUUUGUAUCUAAUGGUUUUGGUCGUCUCACAAUGUAUAUUACGGGUGACCGGCGCAAUGCGACAACUUGGGAGGAAUGUUUAAGUGACGAGCCGCUUAUUGUUGAUGGUAAAGUAAGCUCAUUUAUAAUUAUUGAAAGCCGUUAUAUGGAAAAUAAAUUUGAUGUAUUGUUACGAUCUAUUGUACCCAACAAUAAGUCUUCAAAACAAGGAAAUUUUUCAAACAAAAUAGUGUGGUUAACCGUUAUCAAAGAAGUUGAAAAAAUGAAAAUAAUUGAAAUUCGCAGCAUAAUAUGUACCGGUCACACUGAAAUGAUCACACUCGACAAAUUGCCAGAAAACUUAAUCGUUAUUAGCACUGGCGACCUAAGUUUCUGUGAUAAUGGAGUUAGUGUAUCGGAUGCUGCAGAGCGAGAAAUGAAUAAAGAAUACGAUGUUGAAACUACAAAGCUAGCGAAGAAAAGAUAUGCUUGGUCUCAAACAAGAACUGACGUGACAGCAGUGUUUACUUGUGAUGAGACAGUUUCAAAAAAAGAUGUUUCGUUAUCUCUGAGCGCGACAUCUAUUCAUUUCUCGGUAAAAGAUAUGAUACUUAUCGGUGGAAUUCUUGGUGGCUCAGUUGAUCCAACGUCAUCAACUUACACUAUUGAUGAUAAUAAAUUAGAAUUGUUUCUCGUUAAAAGUGGAGGUGGCUUAACUAACUGGUCGGAAUUGGUGCUGAAUGACGAUCAAGGCGUUUAUGAAGUUAAUCCGGAAUCACUAAGUAUUGCUUCGGAGAUGUUGGAGCGCUUCACAUCCGAAUCACAGGCCGUGGGUAAUGCAGGAAUUGAUCGAAAUUUUAACAUCGAACAAAUGGAAGAUUGUGAUAUCAGCACGGAUGACAUUUGCAAAAUUCGUUGGUUGAAUUGUGCUUCACAAAAGUUAAGUCAUGAGAGUGAUAUAACGACACACAAUAUUUUGUUUUCUGUAUGUUUGGAUUUUGGACCUCGUUUUCUUUGUAUCCGUAUGGACGUUGACGGUAUUUUAUGGAAAUUUACGGAAGAAAGCAGGAAACUUCAACAUCAUGCAACGUUCAGUGCAUUUGGAUAUGUUCAGGCAUCUAAAACACAGCGAAAAUUCAGCACAUGUCCACCUGAUUGUUCUUACGUCGUUAUUGUCGAGAGAAAACGACAUGCAUUUGUGUAUUGGCAACCAUUAACUAUAACUUCCGAUUUGCGGAACCGGAAAACAGGUCGUCGAGUUGCGGGAGUUGCUAAGCAGCAGCUAAUAUCUUUAUUUAAACCUUCUGAAUUCUGCGACGCUAAUGCCGUGACGGAGAAUAUUGUUGGCGUUCAUGCGGAUAAUGAAUUCCUUUUUAUUCUAACUACUGCCGAUAUUUUUGCUGUGCUUUUAAAAGAUCUCUCUCGAAGUAUGUCUCUGUCGUUUGUGGAUGAUCAUUUCCAAUUUGCCGAAAUGAACAUUAAGCAUACUGGUAAUAUGGAUGAAACCAUGGCAAUGGUACGUCGAGCAGUACGGAUGGGUUAUGACUGUGUCGUAAUUAAUACUGACAUAGGACAGAUGAUGCAAGACGGUGUAAAUCUGGGUGAUGAGCCACCACAUAAGAAAAAGAAGAAAGGUGGUAAAGAGCGGAACGUUAUACCGGAUCCAGUUAGCAUCGAUUGUUCCCAAUUGGAUACCAGUAUGCUUGAAGCAAAUGGUAAACGUCUUAGAGUUUUCAGCCGUCUAACUACUACAGUAUCAAGUAGCACAGAGGUUCAUUUACUGAUGCAUCAUCCUCAAUUGAAAAAAUACGAUUUGAUUGCCGUACGUCCAUCAGAUGAUCAGAUCCUUCAGACACUGAGCAAAAAGGGUGAUUUUGUUGACAUUAUCACUUACGACCAGGCAUCAACAUCUGUUGGCUGGCUCAAUAAAAGCAAGAUUAUUCAGCUGUGUGUUAACGAUGGUAUUACGUUCGAGAUCACCUAUGCUGAUGCUUUAAAAGACAGCAGUCAAAGACGGGAGGUGUUAACAAAUGGUCGACAGCUCUUAAUGUCUACAAAAGGUGGUAAUGGUGUUGUGAUAGCAAGUGGUGCUGAAAGAAUGAUUGAUAUCAGAGCACCGUAUGAUGCCGCUAAUAUUUCAGUUCUUUUUGGUAUUCGUCCUGGAUGUGCGCGGAAGUUCGUUGCAAGUAAUGCUAAAAAGGCUUUGUUGAGAGCAGAAUCACGAAAGACAUUGAAAAGUGGUGUGUUAAUACGAACUAAAGAAGAUUUGCCGAAGAAUCUUAUUGUACGUCUAAAUGUAGUUGAGAAGAUUAUGAGAAUACCAGAAUUUCGAGCUCAGUUAGAAAUUGUAAAGGACGAAGUGGAAGAAAUUGCAAAGGACGAAGUGGAAGAAACCGAAAAGAAUUGA